AUGUAUACCAGAGCAAUUGAGUACCUUGAGGAAUUGCUCCAGACAUUGGGUCCUCAAUCAGACAUUUUAGCCCAACUAAUUUCUUGCAGUUAUAAAGUCGACAUAAAGCUGGUCAAGGAGUACAGCGAAAAUCUGGUCUCAAUUGAGCAGCUAAAUGGCGAAUGCGAUGUUGAAGAGUUGUCCAAAACCUCUGAUAUGUUCCUGUCAAAUAAGUACGCCCUGAAGAAAGCAGGUAAAGCUGCUACUAAUCAAGAAGCGGCCAAUGAACUAGCUAAGAAAAAGAAAAAGAAGAAACCCAGACUUCCUAAAACCUUCGACCCUAACGUCCAGCCGGAUCCCGAGCGCUGGCUCCCAAAAUGGGAAAGAAGUGCGUUUAAGAAAUCGAGGCAGAAGAAAGACAAGCAUGAUGUUGACAAAGGUACUCAGGGAGGAACAUCUGGAGGUUCUGUGUAUGACCACACGGGUCCGAAAACUCAGGCAGCUCAAGCCGCAUCUAGUGCGCCUGAUUCGCCGAAGGUGACUUCAGGUGCUAGACCAAAAACAGCUCAGUUGAAGCGCAGACGAGUAAAGAAACGGUAA